GACGCGUUACGUGACGUUACGUGGGUGCAGGAACUACGGAAAGUACCAAAAGCCAGCUUGAAAACGUUUUUCAAGUGCCGUGAAAGUGUGAGAAACAAGUCCAAGCAACUGUGUACGGUAGUGCUGAUCCGGAAUCUAUAUAAAGUGCAUAUUCAAAUCAGAGCUCAAAUCAUUUGUGUAAUGCCACAAGAGCUGUAAUUAAAAUUGCUAAUUGCUUGUGAAAGAUUUAAUAACGAAGUGCGCGUGACCUUGGGCGUGUUAAAUAUAGAUCUCAUUGUUGGAAAAGUAAAAAUAUGUGGCACAGUCUCUUAAUAAUAUGCGUGUUACAACAAAUUUUGGCUGUACCACAGCUAAAUUUGCCUACACCACAGCCAGAGAUCUACUACAAUGGAUCACCGAAUAUUGCGACCACGCCCGCUCAGCUAAGAGCUGAUCGUGAUCGCAGCCAGCGCUAUGGACCGCCUUAUUCGGAAGAUGGGGCUGGUCGUGGCAGCAGCAGCGAUGAUGGGCUCGAUGAUUUUAGGUACGGUCAGACCUACGAUGAACGCAUGCGUCUGGGCUAUAACUAUCCUACUCCCCGUUUUAAUUUCACCGAUCGUUCCGAUGAUUCACCCUUCAGCAACGAUGGGCAACGCCAUCGUUAUUCCAAUCACAACUAUGGCCCCAGUUCAUCUAGCACAGAUCGCAACUUUAACAGCGACAACGAUCUCAACAAUCAGAAUAAUAAUGCACGCUAUAGCGACGUGCCCUUUAACAAUCAAUUCAAUUAUAAUAAUAAUCCGAAUAAUCCAUUUAAUGGUGGCAAUAAUCAAUUCAAUAAUAAUAAUAAUCCGAAUGUCGAAUUCGUGGGCAUUAAUAAUCGAAAUCGCUUUGAGAAUCCCUAUUUGAACAAUCAGGAUAGAUUCAAUUUAAAUCAAGGCCAGCUGGAUCGUCAGCGUUAUCAGCAGGAUCGUCGCUAUCAGCAAGAGCUGGAAAAACUGCGCAACCUUCUCGUCGAGACCGAUCAAAAGGGUUCGCUUGAGUGCACCGCUAAUGUGGCCGCUCAGUGGAAUUUUGAGACAAACGUCAACGACUACACACAGACGGAAGCGCUCAAUGCACAGCAGCGUUAUGUGGAAUAUCAGCGAAUUGUGGCUGAACAAUCGAAGCAUAUAAAUAAGGAUUUAAUAUUCGAUCGUCGUCUUUAUCGACAACUAAUGCUGCAGUCUGAAGUGGGUCCCAAUGCGCUGCCCUUGGAUGUGCUAGAUCGCUACAAUCGUUUGCUGAAUGAAAUGUUGUUUCUCUACAACGGCGCCAGCAUCUGCGCCUAUCAGCAGCCCUUUCAAUGCGAUCUGCACUAUGUGCCGCAGCUGAAGGACAUUAUGGCUAAGAGCAGAGACUGGGAUGAGCUGCAGCAUACGUGGGUGGAAUAUCAUCGCAAGGUGGGGCGUGGCAUGCGGGACAGCUACGAGCAGUUGAUCGAUGUUAUGCAGGAGGUCGCCUAUGUCAACAAUGUCACCAAUGGCGGCGAGUACUGGUAUUUGGCCUAUGAGUCGGGCAACUUUCGCCAGGACAUGGACAUAGUCUGGGAGCAGAUACGUCCUUUGUAUGAGAGUCUGCACUCUUAUGUGCGUCGCAAGCUGCGCGAUUAUUAUGGACCCGAUCGCAUUAGUCGCAUUGCGCCCAUUCCCUCGCAUAUCUUGGGCAACAUGUAUGGCCAGUCCUGGUCGAAUGCACUGGAUAUUCUUAUACCCUAUCCGGGUCGCAAGCUCAUUGAUGUGACGCCCCGCAUGGUGGAGCAGGGCUAUACGCCUUUGCUUAUGUUUCAGCUGGCGGAGGAGUUUUUCACCUCCAUAAAUAUGUCGGCUGUCGGUCCAGAGUUCUAUAGAAACUCCAUCUUUGAGCAGCCCCUGGACAGGCGCGUGCUCUGCGAGCCUUCCGCCUGGGACUUUUGCAGUCGUCACGACUUCCGUGUCAAAAUCUGCACGGACAUCAAUCAACGUAGCUUGAUUAGCGUGCAUCACGAAAUGGCGCACAUCCAAUACUUUCUGCAGUACAGACAUCUGCCCAAAGUAUUUCGCAAUGGCGCUAAUCCUGCUUUCCAUCAGGCAGUGGGCGAUGCCAUUGGUCUGUCCGUCUCCACGCCAAAGCAUCUGCAAACUCUGGGACUGCUGCAGCGCUCGCUGGAUGAGUCGAGCUACGAUAUCAACUAUCUGUUUACUAUGGCUAUCGAUAAGGUAAGUACAAUAUGGCCUUUUGCAUUUGCCUUGUCUUUGGAUAACUGGCGCUAUGAUGUCUUCAGUGGCAAUGCUAAUAAAAGAGUUAUGAACUGCCAUUAUUGGAAUUUGCGUGAAAAGUAUUCAGGCAUAAAGCCGCCAGUUUUACGCUCUGAGAUGGAUUUUGACUUGGGUGCCAAGUAUCAUAUACCUGCUAAUAUACCAUAUAUCAAAUAUUUUUUCUCCACGGUGCUGCAGUUUCAAAUCUACAGACGCAUGUGUCUCCAAGCCGGACAAUAUGUACCCAACGAUCCCAGAAAGCCGUUGCAUAAAUGCGAUAUCUAUCGACAGCCAGCAGCGGGCAAUAUACUGAAACAAUUGAUGGCCAAGGGCGCCUCGCAGCCGUGGCAGGAGGUGCUGGAGGAGACCUUGGGCGAAGGUCGUCUGGAUGGCAGCGCCUUGCGCGAAUACUUUGCACCCCUCGAGGAGUGGCUGAGGCAGGAAGCGCUGCGCACCAACGAGUAUGUGGGCUGGAACUAUGAUGGCGACUACUGCAAGCGCAGCAUUGAGACCGCUGGACUGCAGGUCUUUGGUGGCUACUACAAUGCCGCCACGUUGCCAGCUAUCAAUUCAUUGUUAUUGUUAUUGUUAUUGCUUAUCAGCAGUUGGCUCUGCUGCUGGGCCAACUAAUCGUCACAAGUCUUAGUCGCAUAGUCAAAGUGUUAAAAUGUCAAAUGUAUAUUUUUAAACUUCCGCUUAUUCAAGUUGUAUGCCAGCAAGUUGAACUUGAAUCAAUGCCAAAAACAAUUCUAAAAUAAAAUAAAUAAA